UUUAAGUAAAAGAAAUAACUCUCAAUUUUGAACCGUUUUAUACCUAAAGUCUUUACCCUAUACCGCGUAACACAGUUUUUUCCGUCAUAAUAAACCAACCGACUUCAACAAAACCCUUCCUUUUUUUUUUUUCUCUCUGUCACUAAUUUUGUCUUGAGAGAUAGCGGCAAUUGCAGCCACCAAUCGCCAUGGCUGCACCCGAAGCUCCCGUUCGCUAUGUCGGCAUUGACCGGAGAUCUGCCGCCUUUCGUCUCAUGAAACAAAUGGGCUGGGAAGAAGGCGAAGGGAUUGGGAAAGAUAAGCAAGGUAUCAAAGGUUACAUCAGAGUUCAAAACAAACAAGAUACUAAUGGUAUUGGAGUGGAAAAAUCUAAUCCGUGGGCUUUUGAUACUACUCAAUUUGAUAACAUCCUCAAAAAACUGAAAGUGGUACAAGCAGCAGAUACCAAUAUUGAAGUUAAAGAAGAUAAAGACAAUGAAGCUAGUACUGAGGCCUGUGAGCCUACCUUGGCAGAGAAAACACUAAAGGUUACUCGGCCACAGGGAAGGUACAAGAAGAGGGAAAGAGGGAAGCUCGUCCAUACCUACUCUGCUAAGGAUCUUGAUGGGAUACUUGUGAGGAAGUCUGAUGAACCUGCAAUUAAUACAGAAGAAGAAGAAGAAGAAUUAGAGACCACAGUUUUGGAUGUCACCCAUAUUGACGUUGAAGUAAAGGAGCAUGUAGGAUAUCCACCAGAGUGGUGGGGUUACAAGUAUGGUUUUGUCGUGGGAGGAUAUCUUGGAGCCAAGUCUAAGAAAAGAAAAGCCGCUGAUGCUGAGGCACCAAUUGGUAGCAAAAAGAUAGGUUUUCUUGAAGAAGAUCAAGAGAAUCUGUACAAUCUUGUCCACGAUAAAAAAACAUCUGGGAGACAAGGUCUUGGCAUUAGGGACAGACCUAUUAAAGUUGGUGGCUGUCGUUUUGGGGGGAAAAAGACGACAUUUGAUGAUAGCGAUGAUGAUGAUGGUGAUGGUGAUGGUGAUGGUGAUGAUGAUGAUGAUGAUGAUGAAGAACAAGAACAAGAAGAUUCUCAUAGUGCAGGUUCGCCAGAGAAAGAACUCGAUGAGAUUCCUGAAACUGACAGUGGUAAAGAGCCUAAAGUGAAGUUGAAAAAGUUGUGCCGCCAGUUGCUCCGUCAGGUACCUGGUAAAACAUUAAAGCUCAAAGAGCUGAAAGCUCUUAUACAUCAACAUUCCGAUACUGUUUUCUCUAGUUUUUCUUCGAAAUCAGACGCCCUAUCUUUUUUAAGACAAAAGCUCCAAGGAAGUUCAAAAUUUUCUGUAGACAGAAAGAGAGUGACCUUAUCUUCAAAGAGAAACUAAGGUAAAUUUUUGCAGAUGUGUUAUGAAUGUAGUGAUAUGUACAUUGCACAUCAAAUGCAAAAUCCCUUACUCUUAUCAUAAACCUCAACAGUACAGCAAAACUGCUGCAUGCUCACUAUAAGGUUUUGUUAUUCUUUGUUUUUCGGCUUUGAGAAUAUACUAUAGAUUUAGGCAUAUUGUUUUUCACAAGGAGAAUGUAAUUCUUUUUGCGGGAAAGCUAUAAGUAGGACCUAGUGAGAUGUUUAUUUAAUCCAUCCAUCUGUAUCAGUUCAUAGUAUGAUUUUGCUGUGAACGUAUGAGGAUGUCCUAGCGACUUACAUAAGUAUAUAUAGCAGACAAUUUUGGCCA